AUGGCGUACGUCGACCACGCGUUCUCGAUAUCUGACGAAGAUCUAAUGAUUGGGACUUCGUAUACCGUCAGUAAUCGACCGCCGGUGAAGGAGAUCUCACUCGCCGUGGCUCUUCUCGUGUUCGGAACCCUAGGAAUCGUCUCCGGUUUCUUUAUGGCGUAUAACCGAGUUGGUGGUGAUCGAGGUCAUGGUAUGAUUGUUUCUAAUUUUCGCUCGCUUGUUCGUUUCUUGAAGAAACCUAGUUUGGGAGAUUUAGGGAAUUUUGAAGGGAGAUUUAGGGAAUAUUUUGAGGAAACUGUAUCUGGAAUUCAAUGA